AUGCAAACCGUACCUUCCAGCACCACUUCAAUGCCUGUCACUACGGUAAGAUGGUUUCAAGAUCUUAUUAAAUUUUGGAAACUUCUCAAGGGACCCACAGAUGCAACCACAACUACAUCCGGCUCUUCUACCACUUCCUCUUCGUCAGUUUCAGUUUUUGAAAAUUAAUCACUUCGUCUAAGUGUCGGAUUUUUUCUUAGGAACACUAAGAUUUUUUCGACAGUUUUCUAUUUCAUUCAAACGCCGCCAAGCCUCAUUUUUCGAGGUUCAGAAAAUAGAGAAGUUGCUCAUCUAUAUGUUUCACUUUUUCCAAUCUUUGAAAGUCAAUGCUUGAAAGCGAACAGGAAUUUCAAAAAAAAAAGUGUGUUUUGGGUGUCAUUUUCAUUGCUUUUUUAGUCUAACUUUUUUCGAUGGAAUUAUUUUCUCUCUUAUUCUUUUUUGAUGAACUUCAAUUAACUUUUAUACAUAAUAUAUUUUUCUUUAUACCUAUACGAGCACCUAGAUAACUGUCAGCCGUUCAAACAUAUUUGACAGCAUAGAUCCCGCAUUAUCAACUUUUUUGAAAUUAUUUUUUUUCAAACUUCAAUGUGCAAUGUUUGCAACAAAUUUAAGAAAAAAACAAAAUACUGAUAGGGACCGUAGAGCCCACUUCCUCUCAAAAAACCCGCCAUUUUUGUUGCAAAAAACGUUUUUCCUCAUUUAAUACGCUUAAACAAAACGGAAAAAAGAGAAAUCUUUUACAACUAUGUGUAAUCGACAUAACAAAUCUAGACAGCUUAUGAAGCUUCUAUUUUCUUUUUGCGAGUUUUUUGGGACGGAUUUCCAAGGCCGAAAUUACAAAAACGGAGAUUUCUCAAAAACUAUCCACGAAUCACGUCUGCUUUUUCGAUACGUUGAAAAGCUUUGUUAUCUCUGUUUUGUGACAAAAAAUCAAAAAAAAGUUGACUGCGCCCCGAAAAAAUCGACUUAAAAACUUCCCAAAACUUCACAGUCGGUUUGCGAGAAAUAUUCAGCGACAUGCCUAUGUUUUUAUAUGUUAUAAAAUUAGUAAACACAUCGAAUAAGAGAAUUUUAGAAAAAUUUGGUCGGAAAUAGUGUUUUUAAAAAAAUAAAAAAAUGAAUUUAUAAAAAAAGACGCAGUUCACUGUUUGCUUCAAAAAAAUAUUUCCAGCAAUAAUAUCUACGGAUCACGUUUCAAAACUUCCUUAAAAGUUUUUACCUGUAAUUUUAAAGUUUUAGAGAAAAAUAAGAGAUUUUUGGCUGCGCCCCAAAAAGAAUAAUUCCUUUGAACAAGCAAUUUUCCGAUUCUUUCGAAUUAAAUUUUGCGCGUUUGGGUGUAGGAUUGCGUCAUUCUGCUGCAUGGCGCGUUUUAACCUCAAAAUUUUCGAAAAUUUUAAUUCAAAUCAUCGGUUCACGGCUUUCUGCGUAGUGGAAGAAAAUGUAAACAUUUUGAAAAUGCGGAGCGGCUUUGAGACGUUGCUCCACUUAGAUUACGGAAGACAGCUUGCGCGCGAACAUUUGAAUUUCUUGUUGCUCAAGUGCUUCACGUGAUUUUUCAUGUUUAUUUCCGUUGUAUCGUUAUCUGUUUGGUUCUGAUAUACGGUAAUUAUUUUUUAUUGCGACAGCAAAAUGCGAAGGAACUUUUUUUUUCAAUUUUCAAUGUUAACUGCUGGGUUUUGACAAAAUUUCCCCUUUAAAGCAAAAAAAAAGCCUUUCAUACACAUUUUCAGUGUCAAAUUAAAUUUUUUAUUCGAAUCCAUCAAUCUCUUCAUUUUCGCAACGUCAGAAUGGUAUGGCGAUGUUGCAGAGGAGAAAAAAAUACCACUAGGUGGAUGAACUAAACUAAAUCUGUAAAGAAAACUUUUUUUAAAUUUUUCAAUAAGUCGGGAAAGACACAUAGAACCACAAUAAUUCAUUUUCGGCACAAAAUUCCACGUUUUUCACUGAAAAAAGGACUUUAACCAAUUUUGAGGAUGAAAGGUAUGAAAGUGUUCAGAAAAAUAAGAAAAAAACUUUCACCCAAAUGUUUUUUUGUCAACUAGAAAAGGAAUUGUAAAAGGAUCGAUUUUUUUCCACGUCUAUAGUUUUUGAAAAAAACGCUAUUUUUUUCGAGGAAAAAAAUUAUUUUUUUGAAUUUAAUGAGUAUGCGAGUUAGCGUCGUUCUGUGUAUGCACAAAAAGACGUCAAAUAUUACGGAAAUUGUGGGAGGGGCGUCGUCAAAAGAACGCCGUGGGUUUUUAUGUUUUUCUAAAUUACGUCGAAGUUAGUUUUGUUUUCUGGUUUACUUAGUCGAUGGAAACUACUUUUUGGAAAAAGUUUAGAAGAAGUAACCUUUGAAAUAAACAUUUUUUUCUGGAUUUUUUUGGGAGGUUUAUUUCAAAUUUUUUUGAAUUUAUUUAAUGUGAAAGUUAUAAAAAUAAGUUAGCAGUUAUGUUCAGCACAGUCUAUUUCAAGUUUAACAACAAAAUUUAUAAAAAAAUUUGAAGCUAUAUAACCCUAACAAAAAGAAAAAAAAAUAAAAAAGACGCAUUUUAAAAAAAAUUAAAAAGGCGUAAGAUGUUCUGAAGUACCUCUAAGCCAAGUUUUCACUAGUCCAGGUCAACCACCUCGGCGUCUUCUUCCUCGAGUACAACGACGGCUCCGCGUGCGGCUUCAUGCGCGGAUUCGUUGACCAGAAUGGCUGACAUGGCUUCGUCCGAGAUGCCCGCUAGUAUCAUGUGAGAUCUUUAUAUAACAUAAAAAAGACAUAAAAUUUAGCACAUUUUGGUGUCAAAUGUACGUUCAACGGGCAAUGUUUAGUCCCAAAUAUUUAGUAUAAAUAUAAUGCCCUCUUAUCAAUUUCAAAUAAUGGUUUUUUUCACAAAAACAAUUUUUGAAGUUUUUGAUAAAAAAAUUUUUUUGAGUGAAAAAAAUUGAUGAAUAAUUUUCAUGUAGCUCAAUUUUUCGGAAAAAAUAAUGGUUUUCUGACAAGGAGGUCAUUUCGCUUUGCGGUUACAAAUAUCCUGAAGUUCGACUAGAAAACUUCUUGAUAAUGAAAGAUUAUGAAAUUUUCAACCUGCACAACUUCCUAGUUUUUGAGAAAUAAAGGCUCAAGGGCCAAAAAUAGCUCCUCUCAACGGACUUUUGGAGAUUCUCAUCGAUUUUGGGGUGUCCUAGGAAGUGUAGAAAGUUAGGAAGUUUUGCAGGUUGGGACUUGUCAAAUCUUCAUUUGGAAUAUCAAGAAUUGACUUCGCUGGUUAGAUUCAAAAAACAAUUUGCACAAAAAAAGGAUGAAAUAAGCGUUAUUUAAGUUCUUGCAGAAAUAUUUCGACGAAAAACUUUUCAGAUUUCGAAAACAACUGUUCUGAUUCUAAAAUUAAAAAAAACUAAAUGGAGGUCACAUAACGUGUAUCUUACAGCGAGAAAAAGAGCAACUAGCUCCACAUAAUACUGAAUGCGAAAAAGAAAAAUGCAAACAAGUUUUCUUUCCAUGAAAAACCUUCUGAACGGUCAAAUUUUGUUACUGUUUUCAGAUUAUUGCGGUAAUAAAUGAAUUAUUUUUAGGGUGAAUGGGGCGACGGUAAUGGUAGAUUGCACAAUGGCGCCUGGUCCAGCUUGCAUCUCUAGUCUAGACGCAAGUUUUUCUGUUCCUAUUCUUUUCCAGUUUCAAAUAAGCUUCAAAUGGUUCCUUGAAAACUUUUAAAAGUCUAUUUUAGGUAUACAAUACAGACGGCAAUCAGUUUGUAAUAGCUCAGGUUCCUAGUACAUUUGACUGCAUCAAUAAUCAAAUCUCGUUCAUGGGAGUGUAAGUUGUUCUUUUCAGAAAAAUAAACCAAUAAAAUUAAAAUUUUCAGCGUUUUCGACGGCAUUUUUUGCGUCUACGCCUGCUAA